AUGGGUCCUGACGCAGUGGAGCCCUUGCUGCAGGGAGGGUGUCUCAAGGAGAACAAGAAUGCAGCGAUCGGGGCGAUCUGGGUCGCCGCUCGUGAAGGAAACUUGGACCUCAUGAAGCGCGUCGCCGCGCAACACCCGAAGCCUCCGCGAGGGAAGAACAGCGAGUGGCUCCAGUUCUGGGGGUACGCCAUGUCUUCAGCGUGCGAAGGAGUCAAUAUGGACGUGAUUAAGUGGAUGAUGGAGCAUCCAACGGGGCAGUUGCUCUGCAAGCAAAUGAAGGAGGACUUUAUCAUGAACAAUUACGAUGAACAACCGCAGAAGGCAGUGGAGGGGGGUCACAUUGAGGCGAUGGCGCAUCUCGUCGAGCAGGGGUGCAAGGAUGAAUACGCGACUGCUAUGCUGAAGGCGGCUCGUAAGGGCCACCUGCACUGCAUCGAAUGGCUACUUGAGCACACGUACCAGUAUCAAUCGGGAGGCUCGGCUGACCGUAUAGUGGUAGAAGCCGCGAAGCGAGGGAAUCUGGACAUGUUAAAGUUCUUUCACCCGCCGCGUUACGCAGCAGAAGAAAUGUCUGAAAAGAGAAGGAAAAUUGAAGACAGCGGAGCGUGGUGGGGUCGGUCUCGCGAAGCCAUGGACGAAGCUGGGGUCAAUGGCCAUUUAGAGGUGGUGAAAUGGCUACAUGCUAACCGGUCGGAAGUCUGCUCCUCAGUUGCAGCGGACAGAGCCGCUGAAAAUGGUCACUUGGAGGUGCUAAAGUGGUUGGAAUCAGUGAUGACUGCGAACUGGACAGCCAACACCAUGGACGCCGCUGCCGGAGGGGGCCACUUGGACAUUGUGAAGUGGUUGCACGCAAACCGAAGCGAUGGGUGCACGAUUAAAGCGGUGGAGAAUGCGAUUGGCAACGGAAAACUGCGCGUUGCGAGCUGGUUGUGCUGGUACUAUCCAGAGUUUGUGCCAGAACACAAGGGCCUCUGGAUGUACCCGAAGAAUCUGUUCGACGCGCUGCUGUUUAUCCAGGUAAACUACCCGGAUGCGUUCACUGUGGAGUUUGGACGAGGCACGAUAGCUGAUCUAGCGGACGAGAUGCGAAAGGGGAGUGAAAUUCUGGUCAAGAAAUGGCUGGAAGAAAAGUUCCCCGCACGCCCCACUAAACAGCGAGUACGCAGACGGUGA